AUGUUUUUCACAAUUUCGUACUUGGUUGUAUUCACGUUGAUACUAUGUGAUGGAUAUACACGUCACACGAACCUUAAAUGUGAGGUACUAGAAAAGUCAGUGAUCAAAAUACCCAUGUGUAAACUGAAAGUUAUGGGUCGUGGUCGUAUCGCUGCCAAUGUUGAACUGGAUAUAUUACAACUGCCAGUAGAAAGUAUCCAGGUCAAAUACAGUGUUUUUAAAAAACAAAAUGUAUAUUUGCCUUUUCUUUUCAACGUCUCUCUUGAUUUUUGCCACUUCAUGAAACAUCCGAAUCGCUUAAAUGUUUUCUACUACUUUCAUAGGGCUCUUAUGCCAUAUACCAAUUGGAACCAUACUUGCCCAUAUAAUCAUAAAAUAAUCAUCAAGGAUUUUGUACUGACUGACGAGAUGUUUGCCAAGGUGCCUAUACCAGAAGGCAGCUAUAUGUUUGACGUGAAGGUAGCCUCUAACUACACGUGGGUGGCCAACUUUCAUGCUUACUUUGACGCGAAUCUGAAGCAAAAUUUUGCGAAAAGAACAAAUUAAUUCAAAUAAAUAACAACUUUGU